AUGUUGGCGACAAGACAAGGGUUUACAUCCGGCCAACUGGCGGCAUCUACUACUGGCCAGACGCUGCAACAGCAGACGCAGCAGCACCAGCAACAGCAGCAGGAGCACCAGCACAGGCAAGCCGCAGACGGCGGCCAGGCUGCCGCCAGCGGGACCGGUAGCAGCGGCCUCUUCCCCAGGCAGAUGAACCCGCAACUGGCGCAGCCCCCGACGCCACAGCAGCAGCAGCAGCAGCAACCAUCGCAGCAUCAGCUGCAAGAGCUGCAACACCAGCACCUCCACCAGCAUCAACAUCAACAUCAGCAUCAGCAGCAUCAACAACAGCAGCAGCAGCAGCUGUUGCAAGGCACACGGACGAGUCCUGCACAGCAACCCUCGGCCCCUGCGCAGCAGCCACAGCAGCAGCAUUCACUGCAGAACCAUCAACAACAGCAGCAACAGCACCAGCAGCACCAGCAGCAGAAGCGACCAUCAUUAGCCUCAGGUGGCGCAGCAUGUUCUAGGGGACCCUCUCGAUCAGAAUCGAACUCAAACGGUAGCAACCAAAUCUCCAGAGACGCCACAGUCCCUCCCCCCCACGAGAGCAGUACUGGAGAGAGUGGGCCGCGGGCUGAUUCGGGGCCGAUGGAGGUUCAGGUGGCCAGGGCAACGGGCGCCACCGCCGCCGCCGUCGUCACCACAGUGGCAGCCGGGGCCGCGGGUGGCGGGGGCGGCAGCGGCGCCAGCGGCAGCCGCGGUGACGGGCAUGUCGCCAGUGGGCCGGCGGCGGGGCCCGCCGGUGGCGCUUCCGACCAAACGCAUCCUCCCCCUCCCCCGCCAGAAGUUAGCACUCCCCCUGCAGAGGGCCGCAAGCUGCGAGAAGAGGAGCAACGUGACGUGGAGGAGGUGGGGCGGGGUGAAGAGCUGGUGGGGCGGUGGCUUCGGUCGGUGCGGGCCCUUAGUGCGGGUGUGAAUGUUGGAGUCGUUGGUGGUGCCAGGCCUGCAUCGCAUCGCGUGCUUAGGCAGUUCGUCAAUUUGGCUUGGAACGCAAACUACAAGCAAGGCGACGCGGUGCGGCUGGAGUUCACUGGCCCCAAUGUGGGCGCGCGGACUACGGGUCGACUGAUGGCAGCGGCGACGGCGCAGCUGAUGCGCCGUGGCGUUGCUGCGGCGCAGGCAGGCCAGAUUACCGGUCUCAACACUAGCAUUCGAUCGGCUAUGGAGCGCCAUUUGCCAGUCAAAAGGGAUAAAGCCCAUUUAGAAGGUGACAAGGGGACAGAGCUCCUAACCGAGGCCCUUAGGCACAUUACGGAACAGCUGAUGUCACGGGGCGUGGAUCCUAGAUCCAUAAUUGAAAACCACAGCAACGGUACUCCCCCCGGCGGCGGUGGCGCUGCUACAGCCGUCGCGGCAGCAGCUGCCGCCGCCAAUGGCGGCGCUGGCGGCAGCAAGACCAGCCUCGGCAGCAUCGGUGACAACAGCGCUGACACAGCGGGCCUCAAGCUGCCGUCGCCGCCGCCAGUGGCGGCGGGAGCGAUGGUGGGGAUGCCGCCGCCAGGUGGCGCAAUGGACCUCAUACAGCUCCAGCAGCAGCAGCAGCUGCAGCAGCAGCUGCAGCUACAGAUGCAAAUGCAGCAAGCGCCUCAGUUUCAGCAACUCAUGCUUGAAGCAACUCGGGAACACCACCAGCCAACUGGGCCCAUGGGCAGCACGGGCGGCCCGCCACUGGUAGACUAUGGAGGGUUUUUCAGCCCCACCGGCGAAACUGGGCCGGUUGGUGUUCCGGCUGCCGGGGGGGGGGUGUCGGAUAUUUUACAAGAGGCCUUUAGGGCCUUUGCAGCCGAGCAGGAAGCAGCUGCCGUUGCUGCCGCCGCCGCCGCCGCCGCCGCGGAAGGCGGCGACGGCAGUGGUGGCGACAUGGGUGCCACUGCUACGAUGAUGGACUUCCAAGCGGCCGCAGCCGCGGCAGCGUCGUCCGUACUUCCCAAUGCAGCGACGGCUGCCGUACCGCUUUACCAACGGACGACAUGCAGCGUCACGAUGAUAGACGUGGGCCAUGACGAGUCCGAGCUCAGUAGCCCGCACGCUGCCGCCGCCGCCGCGGCGGCGGCUGCCGCCGCAGCCGCGGCCGGCGGGACACUUUUGUCGGAAGGCAUGCAGGGCGCGUGCGGUCCUCCGGGAUUCCGCUCAGGCCAGUGGAUACCGACCGGUCGUAGCAUGGUUGGCGGCAAAGCUGCGACACUGCCCUCCUCGUCAUCUUCGCUGCAGACGACGGCCAGCGCGGCGGCGGCGGCAGCGGCGGCGGCGGCAGCGGCGCUGCCACAUCAACAGCAGCAACAAAUGCUGCACCACUCUGCCGCCGCCGGCUGCGCUGCUGGCGGAAUGAUGUCCUCGUUCGGUGGACCGCCCACUUGCAUUAGCCCGCCACCUGGCCCCGAAACCAGCGACAAACGGCCGCUGUCACCGUCGCGAUUCGAUACUGGAAGCCCUCACCGUCUGAGUAACGCAAUGUCCAUUCUGCGCAACAGAAGCGCAGACCUAGGGAGCCUGGACAUGAUCAUGAGCAACGACUACUUCAUGGACGGCGUCGAUCCCUUGCUCAACGACGGACGACAGCCAUCCAUAGCGGAUAAGUUCCUCAUGUACAUAGACGGGGGCGGGCACCCAGGCAUGCAGCCUGGGGGCCUCAUCGGGCUUGCCAGCGGCUUUCCGUUGGGGCCCAUACCGUCCGGCACAGCCGGCGACGCCGCCGCUGCAGCAGCGGCGGCUACUGCAGGAGGACCGCAGCGCCAGCUACCGGCAGCUGGCCUACACUCCAGCGGUGCCGGCGGCGCUGGCGGUAGCGCCUCCGCCGCCGCCGUUGACGUGUUUCAGAAUCCUCACAUGCCGCAGGCCGCGGUGGACGGCACAUGCGGCGGCGACGCCACGCCUGGAGGGGGAGGCGGCGGCGGCGGCGGCGGUGGCGGCAAUUGCCUCAUGGGCCAGGACCCGCGGAUGAUCGUGUACGACAUGGACGCUAUGAUGCGGAGCCAAGCGCCGACGGCAUUCGGCGGCGGCGUUGGCGUCACCACCAGCGCUAAGCCCCAGUCAUUUUGUCGACCCAGUGAUAACACACUCAACACCGGUAACGGCUCACAUACCAGGGAGCCUCUCCCCAGCGUCGACGGCGGCGGCUCGCCAGCGGCGCCCUUCGGAAGCAGCUUUGCGUUCGCAAUGGCUCAGUACGGUAACUGUCCCGCCGCCGAUGGCGGCGGCGACGUGGGCAGCGUGGACGGUCUCGCUAGGAUCACCUCCGCGCCGCCGGGCGUCCUAGGAGAUGAGUCAGCCUUCUGCCCGCGAAUGUCUUCUGCUCACGCCCACGGGCUUUCGAUGGCACACGGGAAAGGCAUGUCGUACAGCGUGCCGUACAGUCACGGUCAGGGCCAUCCGCUCGCCAUGAAUUCGGCGCCCGCGAUUUGGACUGGUUUGGGGGACUCAAACCUGGGCGGCAUGGAUGUCUAUUCGAUGGAGCACAUGGCAAGUAUGCCGGCAAUCCGCGGGGGAAUAGGGGCGCAGUGUCAGGAGGCUGGUGACGGAAGCUCCCUCCGCUGCCACAGCCUUCGGGGAUUUAGCGCCGAUGGCGCAGGUGGUUCCUUGGGGGGCGAACAUUUACGACACACGGCAUUUUUCCCCCACACGUGCGCAAGUCAGCAGCAGCACCACCAGCAGCAGCAGCACCACCACCAGCAUUACCAGCAGCAGCAUUACCAGCAGCAGCAUUACCAGCAGCAGCAUUACCAGCAGCAGCAUUACCAGCAGCAGCAUUACCAGCAGCAGCAUUACCAGCAGCAUCAGCAACACCAGCUGCAGCCCUUGCAGCAUCUGCAGCAGCAGCACCAUCAGAAACACCAAUUGCAGCAGAUGCAGCAAUCUCAGCACUCAUCGUCAUCAUCGCAGCAGUUGCACAGCCGCCAGGGAAUGCCGGCACCGCCGGGAUCCGCUGUGGAACGGCAGCAGCAAGUACGGCAGCUACAGCAGCAACAGCAGCUACAGCUAGAGCAGCUACAGCAAGAGCAGCAACAGCAGCAGCAGCAACAGUUGCAGCAGCAACAGUUGCAGCAACAUCAACAUCAGCAGCAGCAGCAGCUCUUUGCCCAGCUCUUUCCUGGAGCUCAACAGGCGGUGUGUGGCGGCGGCGGGGGAUCUGCGGGAGGUUCAUCUAUCAGUAUCUCCCCCAGCACCAUGAUGUCGCCCACUGGCAACAGUCCCGUCAUGCAUUUCAUGCCAACGAGCUUUCCACCACAACGAGAUGACAGCGGAUGCCUCAGCAUAGGCCAUAAGGCCCACAUGCUACCCAGAAUCUCCACAGCUGUCGGCCUCCCUCCCCAUUUCCAGCCGCCGCCAAGCCCACCAUCCGUCGUACGUAACAUGCGCGGAGGCUGCGCCGCCGCCAACAGUGUCCGCGCGGGCGGUGGCGCUGCCGCCGCCGCCGCCGCUGGUCAGGCCCCUGCCCGCAGCCCUAGAUCGUCGGCGCCGGGAACGCCCCGAAGUCCCCGAGCGCCAGCAACAGGGACGCCACGGAGUCGUACAAAAGCUGGCUGUACGCCGCUAUCCGCGCCUUCGCCUGGCGCGGUCAAGGCCCAGCUUGAUGAGAUGAUGCGCGUCGACCCGGUGGCGGCAGCGGCUGCCGCCGCAGGUGGCGGCAGUGGCAUGUCUGAGUCCUUAGCCGCAGCAGCGGCAGCAGCGGCGGUGGCAGCUGUUGCGGCAGCACCGGAAGCGGCGCUAGCCGCGGCGGCAGCUGCCGGCCUCAUCGUUGCAGAGGACGCCGGUGCGGCCGUCGACAGUCCUGGCGCCAGCGGUGGUGGUAACCUCCGCCGCAGCCGUCGGGAAGCGAGAGGAGCCAGGGGCUCAACCCUGGGAACGGCACGGACUGGUCGAGGAGGUCGCAGCCGGGGUACCGAUGACGAUGACGAGGACUACGCCACCGAUGCUGAUGAGGAUGCCCUUAGCUCUGAUGACGGCGACGAUGAGGGCGGCGGAGGUGGCGGCGGGGCCGGCCGUGGCGGCGGCGGCGGCGGGGGCGGCACCACAAGCGGGGAGGGCUACGUCGAUGAGGAUUCCGUACUUGUCGUAAGGGCUGUACGGGACGGCGUACGGCGCGAGAUCACCAAAUCCGCCCUGCGGAAGGUUUACCAUCUGCCGAUUAACGAGGCCGCAGCGGCGCUGAACAUCGGGGUCACGGUACUGAAAAAGUAUUGCCGCAAGUUCCGUGUACCGCGCUGGCCGUAUCGGAAGCUGCAGAGCAUGGCCAAACUGAUCGAGUCGUUCGAGCGUUACAAGAAGAACGCAUUUUCGAACGGCGACAUAGAGGGCGCGGCAGAUUGCCAGGACGUUAUUGAUCGGCUGUUGAAAUUUCGAGAGGAGGUGUACGACAAUCCGGACAAAGACAUCGACGAGAGCGUCAAGAAGCUGCGGCAGGCCAACUUCAAGAUUGAGUACCGGCAACGCCAAGGUCAAACUCAGGGCGCCCCUCCUUCUACACUGACCAGGAGCUCACUCAAUGGCGAGACUCCAGGAGCUGCGACCGGGGUUGGUGGCGCGCCUAGCAGCCACGAUCUUCGACGGGACUUCGAAACUCUUUCGGUGAACGCGGCUUCCGCUGAGGUCACAGAGCCGCCGCCGGCUUAG